CAGUCUGACUGUGCAUGUCGAUCAGUAGAUUGGCAAAGCAUAAAUGUCAAGACUUGGGCUAUACAAUGUACAACUGGUGUUUGACUGAGACCAACAGGAUUUUACAUUUUCUUUCCAAUUUGAGAUUUGUGUAAACAGAUUAAAUGGGAAAAACAUCAAGUUUGCAUGUGCGCUCUGUACAAUGCAUUUGAGCAGGGCUGAGCGCCGAUUGUUUCCCCGUUCCUCCACGAUGGCUCUACGGCAAGCCAUAGCCUUGCUUGUUAUUUGUGGACUUAUUGAGUGCAAUGACGGCGUGUGCGGCGUGACCUGCACCACAGACUUUAUCUCCAUGCUCAACUGCUCCAAAUCUGACUCGGCAGGAACAGCUUUGUGUCAUGUUGUGGCAGAUUGCAGGGAUGAACUUGAAUCUGUGAAUGGGAGCUGCGCUAUCAAAUCGCCAGAAUCCUGGUGCACAAUGGAGCCGGUGGACAUGGAUAUGAUCAUGUCCUUCGAUACGAACUGCUCUAUCACAGUCACGCAAAUGGUCAGACGUGGAGAUGGAAAUACGGAGACCCCAACAAAGAGUCACACUGAAAAAAUAGUUUUAUACAAAUCUGUUAAGCCAAAACAACCUUUCAACCUAAACAUUGCAAAAAUGAAUGGGAAUUUCAACCUCACUUGGGAUGUGGAUUAUAAAGAUCACGCUCUGUAUAAAAAAUUAUACUACAGAGUACGAUUGCGAAAUAAAAGUGACCCAGAUAAGAUGGCACAAAUAUACACCCUGCAGCAAAACCAACAGUCAAUGGUCAUCAUCGGUGAAAAACUCCUGCCAGGAAGUCAGUAUGUGGCAGAGGUGCAGGUUGCGGUGCAUCCUUCAUCUUUUACAUCCGCCUGGAGUGAAUGGAGUAACAGCGUUGAAUGGACUUCUGACUCUUCGCAGUCAGAACAGUACUAUUUCCUGCUGCUGGCACUUCCUGUAGUGCUGGUGGUGCUGCUUGUGUACAGUGGGAAAUUAGGGGGCAUCAAAAAGCUGUCCUUAUGGCAACACAUCCCAAGCCCUCACGAGUACUUCACGCCGCUCUACCAUACAUAUCAAGGAGACUUUAAGAGAUGGGUUGGCCCAGUCCUGACCUUCAACAGCUUUGAUGUCCUUGAGAAGAGCACCACUCUGCAGGUGCUUUGUGAGAAGCAGCAGAACGAAAGCUCAGAGGAACCUGCUAACAGGACCGGCGAGCGGGACUUUGGUCCGGCGGGUCAAAACUCAUCUAAACUCUACUUCCUUGGCAGCAACAGUCAGGGCAUCGCGCACUCCGGCGGCCACAUAUCGAUGGACACCGUUACAGUGUCCGGUCAGGAGGGCGUCAUGGCCGACUGGUCUGGUGACAGCCACAGACGGAGCCUGGAGGACUUCCUCCACGGCAAAGACGCCAAUCAGAGAGCGGCCGAGAUGGAUGACAGGCAGCCUCUUGUACAGGACGGCAGGAGGAGUUUACAGGGUUCAGACUUUGAUGACUGGCAUCUGCAGGAGCACGACCUGGAGAACAUGGAGCAGGUCUCGCUGGCCUCCUAUAGCUCUAAUGAGCAGUCCGACGACGGCUACCCACAGAUGGGUUUGGAUUUGGACACCAUAGACAGUGGAUUUCUGGAGUCUGACUGCUCCAGUCCCUCUGCGUUCGAUGGGAACGAGCAGAUCGAGACUUCAUCGUUGGAUGGCGUGGGACGCUCCCAUUCAAAUUAUGUCAAACAGUGGGUAGCUUUCACAUCAGUUCAAGUUGAUGCCCACAGCAAUGGAAAGUAGCCGUACACGGGAGUUUCUAUUGCUACAGCGAACUAAAUCACAGACGAAUAUUAGGCAAUAGAAGGGCGAAAGCAUCUACACCUCACUGGUUGGACCUAACUUGCUCACAAUGAGUGUGUGUGAACUGUUUUUUACUACACUGAACUGUAUUUGUGGCAUAAACUGACUAUAUCAGAUAUCAACUGUGUGAUCAUUCAGAAGACAUUGGUGUACAUUAAGACUACAGGACCUUAUGUGUGACAGCAUCUCAAUUUGCAUAAUAUCAUUCCUUUAGGUCUAAGUCGGGGUAGCACUAUGUUUAAUAUGUCAGGAUUGGAAACAAGGCUGUGAGAGACGGGAUUUUUUAACAGACUGUAGUGUUGUUUGACAAUAUACCAUGAGUUCAGCUGACCAAAAAAAAAAAAAAACUUUCACAGCCUUGUUUUAAUCUGUGUUAAACUCAAUAUGGUGUGUAACCUGAUUAAGGUUGUGCUACUAAUAAUAACUAUUUGUCACUCUAAUGGAUACUGGAUUGUACUUUUUCUGUCAUACUCUAUUUUUAUAUUUCAGUAAAAUAUUGUGACACUCAGUAUCUUUAAUGUGACUUUGUCACAAGACCUCCAGAAUCCCAUGAAUUGUUCUUCAAAUCCUAAAUCCUACUACAUUCUGAAACCCUUUUUCAUUCAGUUCUAAUCGCUUUAUUUGUGACUGAGUAAAAAAAGUAAAAAAAAUGUGAGAAAAAUUAAGAUAAAUAUAAUUACCUUUUGAGAUGUAUUACAACUGCGAGGAAAAGUGUUCACUUGAACAAAGUUACAAUUACAAGAAAUAACAUAUCGGAUUAAAAAUCAAUGCAUAAAAAGAUAA